GAGAAUUUUUUCCCCUCAAAUGCGCAUAUGAAACGUGGAGACCAUUAAAAAAAAGAAGGUAAUACAAUAUUUGAGCUGGAGACAUCGGCUGACAAAUGUCGCGCCUCACUGCUGUCCAAAUCGUCUCGCGGACCUGUAUUCUACUGUGGCCUUACGUUCCCCCUCUUGCUCUGGCAUUUACCCUCCCUUGCCGGUUUCAGCCUCCAGUGUUACUGUCGUGGGGAAACAUGUCUAAUCUUCAAUGAGCCAUUAGUUCGUGUUUUCUGUAAUGGAUACAGUGCAAGGAAAGUUCAACACUCAAACCGGGGACCCUACAGACAAAGGAAAUGAAGCUUCAUCUGUCAAGAUGAAGAUUCUCUUCUUUGCAAGAGCUCGAGAUCUUACUGGCUUGACAGAGAUGCCAUUGGAGGUGUCGUCAGGUAGUUCUGUCCAGGAUUGUUUGAACGAUCUCGUUGCCAGGUUUCCAAGCUUGGAAGAGAUCCGUGGCUGUAUGGUUCUUGCACUAAACGAAGAAUACACCACCGAGUCAGCAAUACUCGAAGACAGAGAUGAGUUGGCAAUUAUACCUCCCAUUAGUGGUGGCUAGUUUCUGUAUUUUUUUUCUCCUCGUGUAACGUUCACUACAAAAUGUAUCCUUUCAAUAUGUCAUUCGAAAUAAACCUCGGAUUUCAUGAAAACGAUGCCACUUUAAAGUCUGUUUACUAUUGUUUUGGAAAUGCAAACCAUUGUUUUAACUUUUUCCUCUUA